AUGAGUGCCGAUCUGAACCCGGACAGAUCGGACCUCGCCGCAAGGGAGGCCAUCAAUGCUAAUAAAGAGAAGGAGUGUGCGGUAUGCAAAGACCUCCGUGUGCUGGAGACGACUCUUCAAUGUGGGCACAAGUUCUGCCAUCUUUGCAUCAAGGGUGUGUUCCUGACGAACCGACCCUGCCCUCUCUGCAGAACUCCGAUCGUUGGUGACGACCUCGAUCGUUCAGAGCAACUGGAUCCGAAGAUGCGCUUCAAGAGAGCCGACGGAUCGGAAUACGGUUGGUACACACUCUUUGAGAACCUGAUUCGACAAUAAAACUUUUGGUUUUCAGAUGAGCUGCCGCCCCUGAUGGUUUUCAAAGAGGAAGAGCCUGAUGACGACGUGCAGUUCAUCAAAUGUACAUUUGCCAUUGAUUGUUUAGUUUCAACAUUCUUCGCUUUUAGGCGUGAGGGGAAGAUUCUAUUGGCUCUACAAGUCCAACACAGAAGACAGCUGGUGGCGCUACGAAGGACGCGUUGAAGCCCUGCUCGAAUCCGAGUUCCAGAAAGACUCAAAAAAGACCGUGGAGACUUUCAUCUGCGGUGUUAAGUACUACUGCAACUUCACCGAGAUGUCCCAAGAAAGUGAAGCUGGGAACAGACGCACGAUCAAGAGAGUUGGUGAAGCCGAAUUCGAUUCUCUGCUACAGGAACAAAAAAUAUCUGGCGUGGCUGGCGUGUUGAUCCCCAAGUAA